AUGGCCCCAUUGGUGAACAGUAACAUGAAGCUAGAGAACAUGGCCCCAUUGGUGAACAGUAACAUGGAGCUGGAGAACAUGACCCCAUUGCUGCCAUCCGUUGUCGGGGAGUGUGCGUGUGCGGCGGGGUGGGCCGGUCUGUUCUGCAACGAGACCUGUCCGUCAGGUUACUAUGGCGAGGGAUGUAAGGAGGCAUGUGCGUGUGCCAACGGAGCCGACUGUGAGGGCUUCACCGGAGCCUGCGUCUGUGCCCCGGGUACACGUCUCUCUCAGGGUGAUGACUGUUCUCUGACCUGUCCUACUGGGGUGUAUGGGGCCAACUGUUCCUCUCCCUGUUCCUGCCACAACGAGAUCGCCUGCUCACACAUUGACGGAUCCUGCAUGUGCAGAGAAGGUUGGCAGGGUGUGGAUUGUACCAUCUCGUGCUCCAGUGAUACCUGGGGUCUGAACUGUAAUCAGACGUGCCUGUGUGCCAACGGGGCGGCCUGUGACCCGGGCAAUGGAACCUGUACCUGCGCCCCCGGCUGGAUGGACGAGUACUGUGACACAACCUGUCCCGAGGGCACGUAUGGAGAACAGUGUCGAGAGCAGUGUGACUGUAUCCAUGCCGAUGGCUGUGACCCUGUGAGAGGCGACUGUCGCUGUCUGGCUGGAUGGACUGGUGUGAACUGUGACAGUGUGUGUGUGGAGGGCCGAUGGGGCCCAGACUGCUCCUACUCCUGUACCUGUGAGAACGGAGGCUCCUGCUCACCGGAGGACGGGACAUGUGUGUGUGCCCCCGGAUACAGAGGCACCUCCUGCAGACGCAUCUGUUCUCCAGGGUUCUAUGGUCAGCGCUGCAGUCAGUCCUGUCCUCAGUGUAUCCAUAGCGAUGGUCCCUGUCACCACAUCACAGGACACUGUGAGUGUCUGUCAGGAUUCUGUGGCUCUCUGUGUAACCAAGUGUGUCCCAGUGGCAGGUAUGGGAAGGGCUGUGCAGAGCUGUGUAUGUGUAGUAACAACGGGACCUGUAACCCCAUCGAUGGCUCCUGUCAGUGCUACCCAGGAUGGAUCGGAGAGGACUGCUCUAAAGUGUGUCCCCAGGGUGCGUGGGGUCCAGACUGCAUCCAGACCUGUAACUGUCACAACGGGGCUCAGUGCAUCGCUACAGACGGACAGUGUAGCUGCAGCGCAGGGUGGAGCGGACUCUACUGUACACAACGUUGUAGUUCAGGGUUCUUUGGUACCGACUGCUCUGAGGUGUGUCGGUGUCAGAACGGAGCGGACUGUGACCACAUCACUGGCCAGUGCUCCUGUCGGACCGGAUUCAUCGGACACAGCUGUGAACUCAAGUGUCGUCCUGGUACGUUUGGCUAUGGCUGUCAGCAGCUGUGUGUGUGUAUGAACAACGCCACCUGUGACUAUGUGACUGGAACCUGCUACUGCAGCAUCGGAUACAAAGGCAUCCGCUGUGACCAGGCUGCCCUCAUGAUGGAGGAGCUGAAUCCUUACACUAAGAUCAGCCCGGCCUUGGCAUCAGAGCACCAGUCAGCGGGCGCUGUCAUGGGCAUCAUCUUCCUCCUCCUCUUCAUCAUGACCGUGUUGGGGGUGGUGGUGUGGUGGCGGCAUCACCAGAGAGAGAAAGGAGGGCAGCACAUGCCCAGUGUGUCCUACAGCCCUGCCCUGAGGAUCAGCAGUCAGGGUUUCUCCCUCUCUGACUGUGAUGCUCGCCCAUGUGACUGUGACUGUGAGUGUGAUGCUCGCCCAUGUGACUGUGACUGUGAUGCUCGCCCCUGUGACUGUGACUGUGACUGUGAUGCUCGCCCCUGUGACUGUGAGUGUGACUGUGAUGCUCGCCCCUGUGACGGUGACUGUGACUGUGAUGCUCGCCCAUGUGACUGUGACUGUGAUGCUCGCCCCUGUGACUGUGAUGCUCGCCCCUGUGACUGUGAUGCUCGCCCCUGUGACUACUCCUCUCCUACCAUCAGCAACGUCAGUCGUUGUUUCACUAACCCCUCCUACCACACUCUGGGAGCAUGUACCUACGCUGGCCACUACGCCAAGCCUGACAAGAAGACCAGAAGGGCCAAGGUGUGUACCGUGGAGGGUGCCCAAUUUGACAGAGAGCGCUACAGCUCCUACCAGAGCGAGGGAGCAGAGAGUGAACAGUACCACAGGAGGGAGGGUGCCCAGAGUAUGAGACUCCACUAUGUCCCUAUGAAGAAGACCAUCUCAUAUAACAGACUGAAUGCAUUGAAAGGCCCGUCAAUGUCAUCGCUGAUAUCAGAAUCAUUCGCUAACAGAUACCUUCACCUUGGUAAAACAAAAAAAGUGUUCCCGUCUUCCUGCUUCUCAGUGUGUUAUUUGUCUUUGUCAGACUACAUGAAGGGUUCCCUGUCCAGCACCUGCUCUCUGAACAGUGAGAACCCCCACGCCACCAUCAAUGACCCACAGGCCGUGGUCUGUAAACACACAGAGAGCAGCUAUGUAGAGAUGAAGAGUCCUGUCCACCACGACAUGUCCUACUGCUCCUCUGCUAUAGUCACCACCACCGCCACACACACCGUCAGCAAGAACAUCUAUGAUGUGGAACCCAAGGUGAGUGUUCUCCAGGGCUGCAACGGUGUGGUGGUUCCCACGUACCCUCAGAACCCGUACGACCUCCCCAGGAACAGCCACAUCCCCAGCCACUACGACCUGCUGCCCCUGAGACACAGCCAGAGCUACAGCCCUACACACAGCCAGGACCACAGCCACCAGAGCCACAGCCCACCCUUGCCCGGCAGCCCUACCAGCUCCCUGCUAUAGACAGACCACUCCCGAACGCAGGGCCGCGACCUUAGACCUAUGACUUACCAUUGGGGCACGGUCUGCUCCACCUGGGGUUGCGGAUAAAGACUGUAAUGUGACUAUAGAGACAAAGUACCAGUGCAACAUCAAUGUUGGUGGACAUACUAGAUGAUAUACCAACAGAAGCUCUGUGUGGACUCACUAACGUGUGGACUCAUUGCCGUGUGGACUCACUGAUGUGUGGACUCACUGCCGUGUGGACUCACUACCGUGUGGACUCACUGACGUGUGGACUCACUACCGUGUGGACUCCCUGAUGUGUGGACUCACUACUGUGUGGACUCACUGACAUGUGGACUCACUAACGUGUGGACUCAUUGCCGUGUGGACUCACUACCGUGUGGACUCACUGACGUGUGGACUCACUACCGUGUGGACUCACUACCGUGUGGACUCACUGACGUGUGGACUCACUACCGUGUGGACUCACUACCGUGUGGACUCACUGACGUGUGGACUCACUACCGUGUGGACUCACUAACGUGUGGACUCAUUGCCGUGUGGACUCACUACCGUGUGGACUCACUAACGUGUGGACUCACUGCCGUGUGGACUCACUACCGUGUGGACUCACUGCCGUGUGGACUCACUGACGUGUGGACUCACUACAGUGUGGACUCACUACAGUGUGGACUCACUACCGUGUGGACUCACUAACGUGUGGACUCACUGACGUGUGGACUCACUACAGUGUGGACUCACUACCGUGUGGACUCACUACAGUGUGGACUCACUACCGUGUGGACUCACUACCGUGUGGACUCACUACCGUGUGGACUCACUACAGUGUGGACUCACUGCAGUGUGGACUCACUACCGUGUGGACUCACUGCCGUGUGGACUCACUACCGUGUGGACUCACUGCAGUGUGGACUCACUACCGUGUGGACUCACUACCGUGUGGACUCACUGCAGUGUGGACUCACUACCGUGUGGACUCACUACCGUGUGGACUCACUACAGUGUGGACUCACUGCAGUGUGGACUCACUACCAUGUGGACUCACUACCAUGUGGACUCACUACCGUGUGGACUCACUACCGUGUGGACUCACUACCGUGUGGACUCACUACAGUGUGGACUCACUACCGUGUGGACUCACUACAGUGUGGACUCACUACAGUGUGGACUCACUACCGUGUGGACUCACUGCCGUGUGGUAGUGGAUAAAGCAUACUGAACGUGUAAUAUAUUACAGCUAUGUGAAGUGUCUGAGGAAGACACUGGGAAGUUAUAUAACUACAGGAGAUAAUAAUAAUAAUAAUAAUAGAUAUAGAGAUGUGUGGUACCCUCUUUGUUUACACUCUGGCUCGGUGGAGGACACAUACAUACAUCCUAGGAAAGGAAGGAAGGACACACACACAUCCUAGGGAAGGAAGGGAGGACAGACACACGCACUAUGAAACAGACCAGUGGAGUCAGGAACACAAAAUAUCAUGGACCUCUAUAUAGUCAUGUCUGGCUCAGUGAUUCUAUUCCAUGUCUGGAUUGGGUGACCAGAGAACCAACCAGGCUGCCCCUAGAGGAGGACAAACCCACCAGGAACCAACCAGGCUGCCCCUCCUAGAUGAGGACAAACCCACCAGGAACCAACCAGGCUGCCCCUAGAUGAGGAUAAAACCACCAGGAACCAACCAGGCUGCCCCUAGAGGAGGACAACCCCACCAGGAACCAACCAGGCUGCCCCAAGAGGAGGACAAACCCACCAGGAACCAACCAGGCUGCCCCUAGAGGAGGACAAACCCACCAGGAACCAACCAGGCUGCCCCUAGAGGAAGACAAACCCACCAGGAACCAACCAGGCUGCCCCUAGAGGAGGACAAACCCACCAGGAACCAACCAGGCUGCCCCUAGAGGAAGACAAACCCACCAGGAACCAACCAGGCUGCCCCUAGAGGAGAAUAAAACCACCAGGAACCAACCAGGCUGCCCCUAGAGGAAGACAAACCCACCAGGAACCAACCAGGCUGCCCCUAGAGGAGAAUAAAACCACCAGGAACCAACCAGGCUGCCCCUAGAUGAGGACAAACCCACCAGGAACCAACCAGGCUGCCCCUAGAGGAGGACAAAACCACCAGGAACCAACCAGGCUGCCCCUAGAGGAGGACAAACCCACCAGGAACCAACCAGGCUGCCCCUCCUAGAUGAGGACAAACCCACCAGGAACCAACCAGGCUGCCCCUAGAUGAGGGUAAAACCACCAGGAACCAACCAGGCUGCCCCUAGAGGAGAAUAAAACCACCAGGAACCAACCAGGCUGCCCCUAGGGGAGGACAAACCCACCAGGAACCAACCAGGCUGCCCCUAGAGGAGGAUAAACCCACCAGGAACCAACCAGGCUGCCCCUAGAGGAGGACAAACCCACCAGGAACCAACCAGGCUGCCCCUCCUAGAUGAGGACAAAACCACCAGGAACCAACCAGGCUGCCCCUAGAGGAGGUCAAACCCACCAGGAACCAACCAGGCUGCCCCUAGAGGAGGACAAACCCACCAGGAACCAACCAGGCUGCCCCUAGAGGAAGACAAACCCACCAGGAACCAACCAGGCUGCCCCUAGAGGAAGACAAAACCACCAGGAACCAACCAGGCUGCCCCUAGAGGAGGACAAAACCACCAGGAACCAACCAGGCUGCCCCUAGAGGAAGAGAAACCAACAACUGUCUCAGAUGAGACCAGCUUGGAGAAUCAUCAAAAGGGCAUUAGAUUUGCCUUUCUAUCAGGCAGUGGACUGGAGAAGUAAUAAGAGACAGUCAUUACAGGACCUGAAUGGCGACUGACUGGGCUUGGAUUCCCUGUUCUAUUGUAUAUUGAUAUCGCCAGCAACACAGCUAACACUCAUAUAACUGCAGAUGAAGGAGAAGAGACAAUGACAGUUCCCAGACAAACCAGGAUUGUAUUAAUUAGGCACCGACGUCUUUGUAAGAAGACAACGGACUGAAACAGGGAGGCACUACCUUUUCGUUUUCCAUUGCAAAACGUUUUUCAACGGUGUGCACUAAUGAAUACGACCCAUGGUUAUAUCUGUAUAACAAAAAUAUAUAUAUCUAUAAAAACCACUUAUCUUCUACAACUCAUUUUGACACAUCUUUGCUUAUUUCAUGGUUAUAUUAUUAUGAUCUUUAAACGGGUCCAUAUUUUCUCUUUCGGGAAAAGUUAUCUUUUUGUAUGUAUUGUAUAUAAAGUUAAGUAAUUUAAUAUUGGCGUUACAAUAUUGUUAGUGACUUUAUGUUGUGUAAUGCUGGUAAAUGUGCAUGAAUCUAAGUAUAGUAGUAUACAGAGAAUAGCCCUAAUGUCAUUGUUAAACUAUUUGGUACAAACAAACUGUUAUUUCUUAGACUUUACCCACUGUCCGUUUUGACCAUGGGAAUGAGUCCUCGUUGAACUGCUUUACAAGAAUAUGCAGAGACACCAA